UGGCUCUCAGGUAGUCAGCCAGUCAGUCAGGAUGCAGGUGUUGGUGCUGCUGGUGGUGUUCUGCCUGAUGGCCAGGGCCGAGGAGGACUCGCCCUGGCGCACUGUCAGCUCUUCGGGUCGCAGGUACCUACAUCCUCCGGCUGUGCCGCACGGCGCCUCCACCAACCCCGCUGGGGUGCCCCUCGCGGACAAUAAGAUGAUGGUCAGCUCCAGCCCCGUCGCUACCAACUACUACCCGAGCAGGAAGGAUCCUGACGAAACGAUAAGCACCAAGGGAGAGCCAGGAGACCCAGUAGCCCUUGCACAGCCCACCCGCUAUCACUACUACCCCCACAAUCAACAUGUCUAUUUGUUACCUGAAUGCGCCAUCCAGCAGGUGUGCAACGCUGUUUACGUGCGUCUGAACUACACUCAGCCGUUGUGCGCGUGUCCUGCGGGGCACAGAGACCCUUGUUCAGCUAGCCUCAGGUCAGACGACUUGCAUACUACAGAGCUCAUCACAGAUAAGAGACUCGGAAAGCCCUUGACAUUGGUGAAGACUUGCGAGCCAGUUGCGGAAAUGCGUGAGUGCAGAGCACCUAGAGACUGGUCUCUACUCGCGUUGCAGAACGUCAGGACGGGAAAAUCGCAUUACUUGGUUAUAUGCAGAUGUCCAGGAGAAAAUGCACUUGAGGGCCCCAUGAGUCAUGAUCAACCAACAUACGCCAGCGUCCCCGGAAUUCGAGUAUUCGGAAUGAUGUGCGUCCGACAAACCGUGACAAAAUUCAGGGCAGCACGCCCUCUCAGGGUGCGGCGGCAGCUUUUAGGACCGAAACCAUUGUUCCCGUGGCACCGAGUGCGACAGAUGACCGACAGAUUGGGCUGGAGCCGAUGAUGGCCAUCGGCCGCUGGGUUAUGGACUGGGUUCCGACUGACUGGCAGUCUCUUAAUGGUGUUGUUUUUCCCCUCCCUCCCCCUCAUCUCAUGUAGAUAAGAAGUUCAAGUUUGAAUCUCUUGCGUAACUUAUUGAAAAUUGAAACUCUACACGCCUAAAUUAUUGCCUAGUUCAUAAUGAUUAACUGGUUAGUUAAUUUAUACGCGACUAAUUUUUAGUUCAGUGAGAACAAAUGCCCAUCUGAGUUUUUGUGCCUGACGAUGUGAGAUUGUGUGCGAAAAUGUAUAUAACAAACAAUACACUCGUGGACCUGAAGUUUGGUUAGGUCAAAGUGA